UAUUACGUAUAUCUUAGUGGCCUACGUUAUCUUGGGGACGGUACGUACAGCGGACGGUGCCCGAGAGAGGGAACGUUUCCUCCCGCCCCCCACCUCCGGCGCUCGGGAUGCCGCUGGCUCCGGCUGGGCCCGCGCACCUGGUGCGCUGCGGGCAGAAGGAUGAGCUGUACCGGAGCGGCUUGCGGAGCGGGGCUGGGGCAGCGCUGCACGGACUGGCGGGUACUAAGAAAUGGUUGGAAUGGAGGAAAGAGAUUGAACUUCUUUCUGAUGUAGCAUACUUCAGCCUCACCACUUUGUCUGGUUAUCAAACUCUUGGUGAAGAAUAUGUUAAUAUUGUCCAAGUUGAUUCUUCCAAGAAGAGAAUCCCUUCUCUGCUUCGACGAGCCAUUUUGAUUUCUCUUCAUACUGUUUUGCCUUAUUUGUUGGACAAAGGAUUAAUCCAUCUGGAACAUGAGUUGCAGACUGGAUCUAGAACCUUGCAGAGCAAUGGUCUAUGCGGCAGGACUUUGGUACGAAGCUGGGUGCAGAAACAAGUUGGCAGGCUGACAGAACAGCAGAAGAAAACCCUUUUACAAACUGUGUAUGUCCUCAAGCAAUGCAUCCCCCUGCUCCGUAGGCUGCAUCUGGCAGUGUUUUAUAUAAAUGGCCUCUUCUAUCACAUCUCUAAAAGGAUCACUGGAAUAUCUUAUCUUCGUGUUCCAGGAUUGCCUGGAGAUGACCAAAGCAUUCGAUCAAAUUACAAGCUUCUUGGGAUAGUUUCACUGCUGCAUCUUGUACUAACAGUCAGUGUUCAGAUAUACAGCUUCCAACAAAGGCAGAGGGCAAGGCAGGAGUGGAAACUACACCGCAACCUCUCAUAUCCAAAAAAUCAGACUGAGGAAAAAUCUGUUGUAUGCAGUUCCCGAUGCACAUUGUGCUUGGAAAAACGUAGGCAUGCAACAGCCACUCCCUGUGGCCACCUGUUCUGUUGGGAAUGCAUCACAGAAUGGUGUAACACCAAAGCAGAGUGUCCAUUAUGCAGAGAGAAAUUUCAUCCUCAGAAACUGAUCUAUUUGCGGCAUUAUCGAUAACUGUAUGAAGACACUGCUGUUGCCCCGACAAGCCCCUGCCUCUAUCUUUAUCAGCCAGCAAAGCCAUAAUACAGUUUGGCUUAAUCCACAAGCAAGACUUUAUUUUGAGCCUAAAUCUUUUUAUAAAACUUAACUGUUUUAUACAAGCAGUAAAAGGUGAUGCUUCUCAUUCCUGUUACAAAAUAAACUUGAAGUACUUUGGUCUACUCCCUUCUCUUGUACCUCAGAUCUUGACCUGCCAUGUUAAACACUAUUCCUAAAAAUUGCUUAGAGCAAGUUCUCUAACCUUAUUUAUGCUGUUUGUCUGCAUUUCACUUUGAACAAUGAGGAGAAUAUUAGACUAUUGCCCUUGCAGUUAGUUGCAAACACUGUAGGAGGACUUAAAUCCAAACAACCUUGUGUGGCAUGCUUUUAGUAUUAUGAAAGUUUUAGGAUUAAGACUUACAUAUAAAUGUUGGAUCCUUGCUCCCUUCCUGUUCUCAAACUACAACAGUCCCUGCUGAAGCUUCAGGUGGAAAUAGUAUGCGUGCAUAUGCUUAGAGCAGAAGAAAUUAGAGUUAUGAGUAACUGCAGUGGAAAUUCUCAUAAGAAAUAUGAAUCCUAACAGCACCAUUCUAUUUUUAGAGCAUAAUUUGGGUUAACGGUAAGCAACUUCUCUGCUUCAAUUUAAACUCAAAUUCCAAUAGAGCGUGAGCACUCCUUGCACAUGUAACUGCUGAUGUAAAUUGAACACUACAGUGAAAAGUGCUGAAGGUCAGGUUAAUUUAUGUACGACUUAAUUUGUUGUUUCUCACUGCUACAGGAAAA